GUAAACAAUCCCUGAGUGUGUCUAUGUGUGUGUGUAUUUGCGUAUGUGUGUAUGCAGUGCAUUGUGGUACCUGCGCUGUGUGUGCACAAGAGCCGUAUUACCAGGAGAUGGUGUAGCCUGGCACCGGAUUUCAAUAGCGGUUGGUCUUUUUUCCCCCACAUUCACAUUGGUUGCUCGUACAGCGUUACGCGGAGCUUUCGGUGUCAAAAGAGAACUGCUUCAAAGAGACCAGUCAACCAACUGUCGCGUUAUAGUUAACACAUGACCAGGAUAGACUCAUGCGGUACAGUAUUAUACCAGAAUACAUCAGUGUAGGAUAUUAGAAGUGAAUUUACUAGCAUAUUGUUUCUAUUUAAAAAAAAAUAGAAAUGGAGAGAUCUAACUUACUAUGAUGAUGGCACAAUCACAACUUUGGAAGGAUUCUGAAAUCAUGAUGCUUGUUUUUAAUACUGGAAUGACCUCAGUUUCACAUAAUAAGGCAACAAGACCAAGACAGCAGUGAUACACCGUGAUGCUGAAGCCCCAAGGAUGGCCGUGGUACUCACUCUCAUAGUCCUCAAGAGCAUCAUGCUCCUCCUUGUGUUCCAUGCAUACGUUACUGAUGGGAGAACUCUCGAUACAGCGAUGCAGAGGAGAGAUGAAUGCCCCAUCCCAUGUUCUUGUUACAACCGCACCGUCAUGUGCAAUGAUAUGCACCUGAGGGAGGUGCCUUUCAACAUUCCCGCAAGUACGAAAGCAUUGUAUCUAAACGAUAACGCUAUUGACAAGUUAGAUUUUGGGCUUUUAUCGAGACUCAGUGGGUUGGAGGAGUUGCAUCUACGAGGUAAUAACCUGGAGGGAAUCAAGGAGAAAGACAUCGAGUUCCUUCCCAGGUUGCGACAUCUCGAUUUGAGAGAUAAUCCUUUAGUGUGUGAUUGCCCACUUGCCAAUGUGGUGGGAAGGAAGUUGGACGAUGCGAUGCCUUUGGAUGUCAUAUUGGGAGAUACAAAAUGUGUUACACCUAUGCAAGAUGAGAGACGAGCGAGUAAUGUGUUACGAAGACUCGACUGCAGGCAUCGCAGUAGGAGAGGCGAAAUGCAAUGUCAUCCUCAGUACUGCCUCAAUGGUGGUACUUGCAGUCUCGAUGGGCCAUACUGUGAAUGCCCAGAUUCUUUUGUGGGUCAAUACUGCGAGAGACCUUAUCCAGCCUUGCAACUUUUUCUAGACGAUAUUACUCCUAGCAGUGUGAAGGUAUCGUGGAGGUCACCACAUCACGCAGACAGGUACUAUGUCCUUUUCCAAGAACAUAGCCUUGAUGCUGAACCUAAAUAUAUCUGGACAAAAGAACAUUUCUACAUCUUUUACAGACUAUCUCCUGGGGUAUUUUACCAAGUGUGUGUUACAGGAUACAUAAGUGAUGAAGUUAAUUUAGAUGAAUGUUGCAAGGAAUUCACCACUCAGCCUCAUCCUAGCCGUCCUGAAGUCGAGCACCCGGAACCUCCACCUCCACCUCCCCCACCAGGUAACGGACCCAAAGAGAGGAAAAGUGUCAUUCAAAAAGCAGCUGUUAUUCUUGGAUCAAUCAUAGGUGUCUGUGCCUUUUUCAUCAUCUGCCUAACUCUGGUUUACAAAUUCCGCACCCUGAGAAACCCUAGGAACUGGGGUGGAAGAUCCCCUUCUCCUCCGAUAGAUGACGAAGCUGAGGCCGCAAUAGAGGCCGAAACAGAGGCCGAAACAGAGCUCUCUCAGGAUCGGGGACAUGACAACAAUGCUAGUCACGAUGUCUUUGUGGUUUCGGUUCCUGCACCGGACCAAGCAACAGCUCCACCUGAAGAUGAUCCAAUUGAACAAAUGAACAGAGUUCUGCAAGCCUUGCAACCAUCAAGUUCACGAGGGCAGCAUGAGACAGCCUCACCAAACCCUCUAGUAUUAUAUCGUUCUGAACACAGGAACAGGAACACAGCGGCGGAGGACGUCACGGCUCUGUCUCGGGACAACCCCUCAGGGACCACGCCCAUCUUCCUUGUGGCAGAUGGGAACCACUACCCCCUAGAUCCAGCUCUUUCACAAGUUUUAUGCAGUGCAAUGUCCAGAAGCAACGUUCCUAGGGAGCCCCUCCCCAAUGAACCUCCCCCGCCCUACUCGGAGAGGGCAGAGGAUGCCCAUCCCACCCAGCCUCAAUUUGAAACAGGAUAGAGGUGGAUUGUCCAUCUAAUGAUUAGUGUGAACUAAAAUUUGAUGCAUCUUUAGUUGAAACUCCAGAUGAAAACAAAUAGUACUUCUGUCACCUCAUCUGGUAAAGAUGAAAAGCAGAGUCAUGAAAGUUUCGUAAAUUUGCUUACACAUUUUGUUUCAAUUCAUUGUAAGAUUUCUAAGCAAUUAAUAGGGUCUUUAAAGAAGUUCAUCUCAAAAUACAAUUCAGUUACUAAAACUCAAUAUCAUUUUUUAGCGCAUUUUUCAUGCAGGAUUAGUGUGCAAAGAAAAGCAUCAGUAAUCAAAAAGCAGACAAUCCACACACACAAACUUACUUUAAAAAUGAAUGUAUAGAUUAUGAAAAAUGUGUACAAGUAAUUUAGAAAACAAGUUGAUUCUGUCAAUUUCCAAUUGCCUUAAGCGUUAAAUGCCUAAUAACUGUAUGCAAUUUUUCAGAACAUGUAUUGUUUACUGGUAUGUGUAUUCAAAUGAAUGCAGUUGGAAUAAUGAUAUAAUGAUACAGAGAGGGUAGAGAGCCAAUUUGAAGAAAUAAAAAAGAAUCAUAAAUCAAACAUAGACUGUGGGGGAGAAUGGCAGAAAAUAGUUAAAAAAGAGAGAAGGGGGUGGUCUCCGAUAUUUCCUCAUCUAAAUCAUUUGAAAAAUAACCAUCAAACAAAAUAAUUAAGAAAUUACAAAUAAAUUUCAGCAUUGCUAUGGUAUUGUCAAAAUUAGCAGCUUACAUUUGAACAAAAUUCAAGGUACUAGUGCCAUGAGCACGCAAAGUCUAAAAUAUGAGUGUUAUAUUCAAGAUUCAAACAUUACCAUUGUCAUAUAUUGUUAUCCAUAUCUAAUAGGGAUAUAAGAUCAAGGGAUAUGAUAUUGAGGCACAGAUGCACACUCUAUCUACGUCAUAUUCAUGUAAUGAUAUUUGAAUUCCAAUUUUUCCCUUUAUCUAAAAUAAAAUGGUUAUUUUAGUAAUGUGAAAAACAUGAUUGUCGUUUUUUGACAAAUUGAGAGAAUUCUGCAUUUUAGUUUGGUUUAUUCCAUAUAAAAUUGUAAAUCAGGGUAUAAUUUUAGAAGAAGCAAGAUACUUCACAUUGUGCAUACAUGUACUACUUAAUGCCAAAGGUUACUAUAAUUUGAUGCGAUUUCACAGGUAAGAAGAAUGUAUGUCUAACAUAUUCAUGUACAAACUGUACUAAAUGUGAAAAAUUGACUGAGAUAUUUAUAUGCUGUGAAAAUUUAUAUAUUUUACUUCAAGAAGAUUAUGGGUUGUGUCGAUUGGCAUGUUAAAUUAAAGAAACAAAUCAAACGCAA